AUGGCCGACCUGGAAGAUCUGGCGGUGACGGCGGCGUCCGUGUCGGCGGCGGCUCGACGGGCCAAGGCUCGGCCCGGGUUUGUGGUGCCGCGGCAUGAUCGUUCGCGCCGGGAGCAGGCAGAGGGGGAUAGUUUUAUUCCUGGGUCAAAGACCAUUUUUCUGAGAACCUGGGGCUGCAGCCACAACAACUCGGAUGGUGAAUACAUGGCCGGUUUGCUGAGCGCUGCCGGCUACACCAUCUCCGACAAGCGCGAGGGUGCCGACCUCUGGAUCCUCAACUCGUGCACCGUCAAGACCCCAUCCGAAGAUACUUUCAACAAUGAGAUUCGGGAUGCCCGCAGUCGCAACAUUCCCGUCGUCCUCGCCGGCUGCGUGCCGCAGACCAUGCAAAUCGAUCGUGUCGUAGAAGUUGUUGAAGAAACCCUCCAAGGGCGUACCGUGCGCCUUCUUGGCUCCAAAAAGGUCGAUGGGCGCAAAACAGGUGGGACGGCCUUGGAUCUGCCCAAGAUUCGCCGUAACCCGCUGAUUGAAAUCAUCCCCAUCAACACCGGAUGCCUCAACAAGUGUACCUAUUGCAAGACCAAGCAUGCCCGGGGUGACCUUGGCAGCUACACCAUCCAGGAGAUUGUGCAGCGUGUGCAACAAGUCAUUGCUGAGGGUGUGGUCGAGAUUUGGCUCACCAGCGAAGACACGGGGGCUUACGGCCGUGAUAUCAACACCAGUAUUCCCGAGCUGCUUCGAGCCAUCCUAGCCGUGGUGCCAGCGGGUGUGAUGGUUCGUCUGGGCAUGACCAACCCGCCCUAUAUUGUCGAGCACGUUCAGGCCAUCGCCGAGUGCCUGCGGCACCCGCGCAUGUACAAGUUUAUCCACAUCCCCAUCCAGUCGGGCGCCAACCCCAUUUUGCACGCCAUGCAGCGUGAAUACACGCGCGAAGACUUUUGUUUUGUGGCCGACACGUUGCUAGAGCAGGUGCCUGCCCUGACCAUUGCCACAGACAUCAUCUGUGGUUUUCCGGGUGAAACCGAUGCUGACUUUGAGGAUACAUUUGAGAUUGUGCGCCGCUACCAUUUUCCCUCCCUCUUCACCAACCAGUUCUUUCCUCGACCUGGCACGCCAGCUGCGGCCAUGGAGCGCGUUGACCCGCGCUUGGUCAAGCAGCGCACCAAGGAGCUCUCGGACUACUUUCGAGGUUAUCGAGUGUACGACGACCAGCUGGACUCGUACCAGCGUGUGCUGGUCACCGACACAGCCACGGACAAUGUGCACUUUGUGGCCCACAACCGCAGCUUUGACCAAGUGCUCGUGCCGGCUAAUCCAGAUUUUAUGGGCAAGCUCAUUGUUGUCAAAAUCACCAACGUCAACAAGUUUUUCAUUGUACGUGCUCGCAGUCCUUCUUCCUGA